GGUCACUUGCCAAACAGUGAAAACUUGAAAAGUUGCUUUUUUUGUCUCCCGUGGACUUUUUUCCAGGGAUUACUAAUUCGCAAAAAAAAACGCGCGGUUAAGUGCGUGCCAUUUUAGUAGGUGGGAUCGCAGUGCGAAAUUCUUGGUUGAGGACGCGCCACACAUACACAACGUUGAAUCGCUUGCGUUUGUGGUGGGGAUCGGUUGCCUCCACCUUCGCACCUCUGUCGUCGCCAUCGCCGCCACCGCCGUUGUAGUGAACCUAGCACGGGUCCAGUUUGUACAUACAUUCGUAUAUGCAUGUAUGUGUGUGUGUUUGUAGAUAUUGCAAGUUGCAUACGUACGUCGCGCGUGGAUUAUGUCAUUUAUUUAUAAUCAAAAUCAUAAAAGAGUUGACAAUAUGCAAACAAACGCCCGCUAAAUGUGUUGCACCAAAGAGUUGGCAAAACGAAACACGUAAAAAUGUAGACUGUGUGCGAGUGUGCGAACGUGUGUGUGUGUGUGUGUGCGUGCCGCAGAAGAUAAUAGAUGUUUAGUAGAGUGUACAUAUAUAUGAAAUAUACUUAUAUAUGUAUGUGUGAAGCAUAUGCGCCGCAGCAAGUCAUCGUCGCAGUCCCCGGGGACUUUGCUAGACUUGUAGAGUUAAGCUAGAGUCUUGAUCCCUACACCCACAACAACAACAGAGCAACAAGCGUAAUAAUAAUAGUAACAACAACGGUAAUAACGUCAACAAAUGGCCACAUUCAAUGCAACAAAUGUAACAAACAGCAGCGCUGAUGUCUUGAGUUCCUCGGCUGCCACAUUUCUAGUGCCCUCCACGACGACGCCAGCAGCGGGACUUGGGGCUGCAGGUGGAGCUGGAGUGGCCACGCACCCGCAUUUGCAUCUGGAGCAGUUCGCUGCCAUGCCCAGCCAUGCCCAGUAUAUGAGUGCAGCUGCUGCAGCUGCAGCUGGAGCGACGGCACCGCUGCCGUUGCCUUUGCCGUUGCAGCAGCAUCAUCAUCACCAGCAAACGAACUCCUCGUAUACGUUUGUGCAGAUCAAACGGGAGCCCUGUCAGGUGUCUGAGAUUAGCUCCAAUAAUUGCCAUCAGCCCCAGCAGCACCAACAGCAGCAGCAUCAACAACAUCAUCAUCACCAGCUGCAGACGGCAUCCACUUCGCUUGGCCUGGGCAGCGUUACUUCGUCGUCGGUAACGGCUUCGGCUACUUCCAAAACGAUGUCGGCAUCAACGCUUACCACGCUGGUCAAGAUUGAAGCCUCCUCACCCAAGGUAGCCGACCUGGAGAAGUCCACAACAAGCACAAACAACUCGGUGCCCAUUGGCAUUGCUGUGGCACGGAAACGACCGCAGGAGGCUUCCAGCGGCAUGGUCAACAGUGGAGCCACGCUGCCCUUGCAGCAGCCACUAAAUAAGGACAUGAAUUGCUUCGGGAUACGCGUCACUGAUCUGGGUGCCACCAGUUGCGGCAAUCUGUAUUUCACGGGCAACGGCGAUCUGAUGACCACAGGAACCGCCACAGCUGAGGAGUUGGCGCUGAGUGCGGCGGGCAUUAAUCGGGCACCAUCAACCUUCUGGCAGUAUCCAAAUGCAUUGCCCAUUGAAUCAGUGAUUUCCAUGUCGCCCGCCACGGUGGGCUUGCAAUACUCACGCGAUUCCAGUCGCGGCCAGGUUGUGCUGCUCCCUGCAACUCCAGCAGCGCUUGAUCCGUUCCAACAGGCGGCGGCGGCGGCAGCCUUCGUCUGGCCAUCGGCCUACAUACCUCAGGCAACGACAGGCGGCAACCCGGCGGCGGCAGCAGCCGCGGCAGCUGCUGCACUGCAGCCAACCGCACCCAACUUUAUCUUCCCGUCGAUGGGCGCCCACUCCACGUUGGGCGCCACGCCUUCAUAUGCCUCCACGCUGCAGCUGUACCUGGCCGCAGCGGCCACCGCCACCGCCUCAGCCAAUCAGCAGCAGAGCAGCAGCACCACAACGACCAACUCCACCAUCAAUCUGAGUGCUGGAGUCACUAGCAGCACAAGCAGCCUCAGCAGCAGCAGCUGCAGCAGCCUCAGCAGUCUCCAGAGCACCAGCAGCAGCAGCUCACGGUUCCUCAGUCUGCCCGCUCAGCCGCCCGCGGUGACGCCGAAGCCGCUGCCCAUGAACUCGUUGCUGUUGCCGCCCACUGCGCUCAAGCUGGAGGAUUACUCGGUGGCGCAGCCUUUGCCAUUGCAGCUACCCUUGCCGCUCCCUUUGCCGCUGCCCCUGGCGGAGGCCUCGACCCGUGAUAAUGAGCAGCAAGCGCUCAACCUGAUGCGUCUGCCCACGCCGCCCACCUCGGCCACCAUGGAGCCCACAGCCUCGCAGCUGGGGCAGCAGGUGGCGACGGCGCCGCACCAAAUACUCUUCCAGACGGCGCCCAGCGCUCCCGGCACACCUGCCCUGCUCAAUCUGUCCAUGCAUGGCGCGGCAGCUGGUGCAGGCACUGGGAUUGUGGGCGACGCAGCCACGCCCUGCGACGAGACGGCGCUGAACUUUAAGUUGCAUGCGCCGUUGACGCCGCAGACGCCGCCGCGGCUGGGCACCGCAAUGCUGCUGCCACAGAUGCAGGACGUGAACAUCCAGACGGAUACGCCCGUGUGCAGUGAGGAUGAGAACUCUUCCUGUCCGCUGAAAGCGACGCAGGAGGCGCACGAAUCACAGCUGCCGCUGGAGCUGACGAAACCCAGUGAAUCCCAUGCCCAUAUCCAAACCCAAGCCAAUGCCAUCUCCAAUGCCAAUCAACCGAACGAGUGCCAUACCCAAACGAGUCCCAGUGACAUCUUUAGUGCCAGUGCAGCAGCCAGCAGCGGCCAGAUCGAGGCAGCUGCUCCCCCUACACAACCCCAAGAACAGCAACAACAACAACCACAACAGCAGCAGCAACAGACGGCUCCUGAGGAUCUGACCGGCCUGGUGCUGCUUUCAAACAUCAGCACGAACAGCACGCCGCUACUGCGCGUUAAGCAGGAGCCGAUGGAACAUUGCGAGGCCCUGGUGCCGCCAUUGCCGCUGCCAGAACCUCCCACGCUUCUGGAGGCGACGCCGACGUCGGCGAUGCAGCCGAUGAUGGAUGUGGAGGUGGAGGCAGCGCAGCCUGAGCCGCUGGGCGGCUUGAAGCUGCUCUGUGCCUUGGCUGAGCAACGCAUCCAGGAGGAGGUGGUGCAGGGCAGCAGCCUCUUUGCCACGCCCACUUCUCGGACACCCUCACCUCACCAUCCGCGAGUGGACACACCGCCCAAUGAAGCGUGCAACUCACCGCCAGCCAUGACGGCGACGACGACGCCGCAACAGUUGUUGUUGAGCUCCCCAUCGUCGUUUCCCUCAAUGCAGGGCAUUGAGUUGCCAAGCACGUCCAGUGGAGCAGCAGCAGGCGCUGUUGGGGGCGAAGGAACGCCCGUGAAGCGCAAGAAGCACAAACAUUCCAAGUCUAGCUCGUCGGUCGCUGGCGACUGUCAGAGUCGCAAGUCCUCGCGCUGCAGCAAGAAGAGCAAGAAGAAGCGACGCCACAGCAUGAGUCGGCAGCAGCAGCAGUUGCAGCUGCAGCAGCAGCAACAACAGCUGCAACAGGAGCCGGAUCUGCAGGAUGAGGAGUUGCAGUCAGAGCUGCGGAGUGCGCUGCAUGCGAUGGAUCCCAGUUAUGCGCAGCGCUUUGGCCAGGAGGUGUUCAACAUCAUGGACAACAGCAUGCGCAUGCGACUGGCGGACAUGUCACGCAAGUAUCGCAAGAAGAAGCAGAAGCUCGAGGAGAUCUCCAAGCACAAGAAAAAGAAGAAGUGCUCCAAGCAGUUUCAGCUACUGCAGCAGCAGCAACAUCAACAGCAGCAACAGUCGAUGCCUCUGCAGCAGCCGCAGCUGACGCUCAGUUCGACGCUGUCCAAUGUUCUAGGCACCUCAUCGCCGUUGAGGGAUUACAAGUUCCCCAAGUUCUCGAGCGGCAAUCUGCAAGCGUCGAGUUUCCUGCGAUUCCCAGACAAAACACAGUCGCAGACGCACUCGUUUCCACCACCGCCGCCGCAGUCGCAGCCUCAGGCGGAGUCAAGUACCUUGCCGAACAGCAACAGCUCGCCAAGCACCACGACGUCGUCGUCGUUCGUGCGACUAGAGCCGAGUGCUCUGGACGCAGCCGUCGCCGUCGUCGCCGCUGCACCAAUUACCUCCUCCAGUUCUUCCAGCUCCUCGCAUAAGCACGCGUCGUACUCAACACACUCCUCCAAGUCGGCGGCUCGCAAGGAGCGCAAACUGAAAGCCAGCGUGGCCGAUGCGCAGCUUGCCACAGAAGCAAAGCGACGCUUGAGUGCCGCGGAUGCCGAGCUGCAGCUGACCAGCGAGCAUCUGUAUCGGGAUGAGACGCGAGUGCUCACCGACAUGGGCGGUCUGUUCUAUGCGGGUGUGAUGAAGCCGCUCCGUCCGCCUGACGUCUACUCAAUCACUUUGGACGGUGAGCGUGGCAACAAGUCGCAUGUGAUGUCACGCGAGGAUAUACUCAAGGAUACGAUACUCGAGGUGGAGCCAAAGAGUGUGGAGAGUGUGCCAGUGGGCACGAGAUUGUGCGCUUACUGGAGUCAGCAGUACCGUUGUCUCUAUCCAGGCCGAGCCAUUGAGUCGGAAGCUGCCGAGGAUGCGCCUCCAAUAACGGUAACAACGACGCCGCCGCAGGACUUUGUCAGCGUGGAGUUUGAUGACGGCGACAGCGGCAGGAUCCGCUUGAAGAACAUUCGCCUCCUCCUCAGCAACUAUCCGAUUGCAGAGUACAACGAUAAUCCCCUUUACUCUGUAGGCAAGCAGAAGCGCGGAGCGCUGCGCAGUGGCGACAGUGGAGCAGGCAGCGCAUCGGAGCAGACGACUGCACUGGGCGCAGAGGAUGGGCACAGCCAUCAUGGCUUCAGCAUGAGCAGCGAUAACACCACAUCGUUGGCAGCUACCAUGGAGUUGUUCACGCAACGCAGCGAGAAGAAGCGCCUCAAGAAGAGCAUGAAGAAGCUGACGAAGGCACAGAAUGGAAUUGGCCAGUCGACGGAGUCGAAUGGCUUCCAGCAUGAACAUGGAGAGCAUGGUGAGAGCGAGGUGGCCGCACCUGGUGAAGGCAGCUGCCUGGAUGACGGCGGUCGCAAGCAUCAUAAGCACAAGAAGCGCAAGAAGCAUAAGAAGCAUCAUCGAAAGAAUGCCAGCGAAGAGGCUGAGCCGCCAAUGGCUCAGGAAUACAUGACGACGACACAGUCAGAGUUGCCAGCAGUUGAAGAACACUCAGCUGCCUUGGCGACUGCGCAACGCGUGAAAGUGGAGGUCAAGGUAAAGGCGGAACAAUUGGACAUGGAGGAGGAGACGACGUCGAACUUAAUGUCCGAGGUGUCCGAUGAGGUCAAGGGCGACGAUCUGGUGGAGCACAAUAACUCCAAAGGCAGCAGCAAGAUUGCCGCCUUUCUGCCGGAGCGGCAGUUAUGGGGUUGGUUUGGAACCGCCUACCGCAAGGCGGGCGUCAAGGGGCGUGCCAGAAAGCAAUUUUACAAAACAAUCAAAAGGGGCAAGGAGACUAUAACGGUCGGGGACUGUGCAGUAUUUCUAUCGACGGGUAGACCGGAUCGACCCUACAUUGGGCGUAUCGAGUCCAUGUGGGAGACCACAGCCGGCAACCGAGUGGUGCGCGUGGCGUGGUUCUAUCAUCCGGAAGAGACCACAGGCUGUCCAAGCCUUAAAUAUCCGGGUGCUCUGUUCGAGUCGCCGCACGAGGAUGAGAACGAUGUGCAGACAAUCUCGCAUCGUUGCGAGGUGCUGCAGUUUGUCAGCUACGUGGACAAGUUUGGAGCCGACUCGAAGCAAUAUCAAACCAUAUACGAUAACAAUGAUACAUAUUAUUUAGCCGGGCACUAUAACCCAAGGUUGCAAGUGCUGAAACUACAAGACGAUAUUCCAACUCUUGAAGAGCUGCAGGAUACCAAUACUACUACUACAACUACUAUUACAACUACCACAACUACAACUACUACUACAGAGGAUUAAGCGAAACGUGCAUAGGCCUAAGCAUAGACAUACUGCAACAGCAUAGGAGUGCAUACAAAAUCUAUACAUAUAUAUACACAGAUAUAUAAAAAUCAAUCUAUAUAUAUAUAUAUACAACAUACGUUUUACAUAUAUUUUACACUACGCGAAAGUGAGAUAGAGAGCGAGAGAGAGAAAGGAAGCAGAUAUAUAUUAUACCUAUAUGUAUACACAUAUUAUUUCUAUAUUUUAAACCAAUUAAUGAAAAAUCAACAAAAAAUCAAAAAAAAAAGUGAAGAAGAAUAAGCGAUUGAGAGAAAUACGUGAGAGAGAGAGAGAGAAUAAGGAACUAAGCAACAGCCACUAAACUUUAGUGUGUAGUUACAAAAAGCGCAAGCAAUUUUUAAUGUAAUUUGUAUAAACGAAAGAGAUCGUUGAAUGUUCAGCAAAAUGUUAAACAUUUAGUUUUGUACACCACCUCCAACACAGACAGACACUACAACAAACACAACACAACAAUCCACAAGCACACACAGAUACACAGAACAAAUACAAAAUACAGAUACAGAGACAGACUCGGAUACUGAUACAGAUGUAUACCUAUAUGUUUGAGAUAAAAUUUAAAUGAUGUUUUAAAGAUUUUAAGCAGGCAACAUGCAGCAGCAGCAGAGCAGCAAGCAAAGCAACGCAACGCAACUACUACUAUAAAUGUAACAAUUCAAUGUGAUAGCAAAACAAAACCAGAUGUUGAUGUGUAUAGAUGAGAGAAUAAGCAUAGAUCAUAACGAAUAAUGAAUAAUGAUUAAAUUGAAUAACAAGCAAGCAGGAAAGCAGAAUGUGUUGAAUAUUUACAGCUCGUUUAUUCAAGAACAACUACAACUAAUACAAAAACAAUACAGAAAUACAAAAACACGAGAUAUAUUAAUAUAAAAUCAAAUCAAACCUAUCUAUAGCCACACACGUACAUAUAUCAAUAAACUUGCCGUGAUUAUUGUAUUUCCUCAU